GCGCGGUCUGGCCGUGCCGGAGCCGGUGUCGGAGCCUGUUCCGGAGCCUUUUCCGGAGCCUUUUCCGGGCCAUGACCCGCUGGGCCCGGCGCAGCGCCCCGCCCGGGGCCCGGGCUCUGCCCGCCACCCCCUGGGAGCAGCUGGCGCCGGGCGCGGAGCCGGAGCCGCCGCGGGCAGCCCGGAGCAGGAGGAGGAAGAAGGAGUACGAGAACCAGGACGUGAACGGGUUCGCGGCGUACUGCGGGGAGCGGCAGCAGCAGCAGCAGCAGGAGGAGGAGGAGGAGGCGCGGAGGAAGGACAGGCGGCGGGAGAGCAGGAGGCUGAGGAGGCAGGAGAGGAAGAAGAACGCCAUGGUGUGUUUCCACUGCAGAGAACCUGGCCACGGCGUGGCUGAUUGUCCUGCAGUGCUGGAGAGCCAAGACAUGGGGACGGGGAUUUGCUACCGCUGCGGAUCCACGGAGCACGACCUCAGCAAAUGCAGAGCCAAGGUGGAUCCAGCUGCUGGGCCAUUUCCAUAUGCAAAGUGUUUCAUCUGUGGUGAGAUGGGACAUCUGUCAAGGUCAUGUCCAGAUAAUCCCAAGGGGUUGUAUGCUGAAGGUGGGGGCUGCAAACUGUGUGGCUCUGUGGAGCACUUCAAGAAAGACUGCCCGGAGAAGCAGAACGCAGAGCAGGUGACAGUCGGGCGCUGGACCCCCGGCCUGAGCGCGGACCACGAGGAUGUCGCGGCCGCGCCGGCGCCGCAGAGAGCGCAGCCCAAGCGACCCAAGGUUGUCACUUUCUGAAGGCUCCAGCCUCUCAAAGAGUUCUCCUGCUACACUGCUGCACUCCAGUGCUGACGACAGAGAGCGGACCCAGAAAAUCAAGCAAGCUGCAGAGGAACUGUUGGUUUUCUGUGUCCCCUCAUUUUCCCGGUUUGCCUCCCAAACUUGCCUGGUGCACUGUAAAGCUGGGAACAACAGGAGUACAGCAAGUGGCUGUUUUAUUAAAGGAGUUGUGGGUGUUUUCUAAAGCCUCUUGGAUUCUGGUUUGGUUUUGCCUUUUCCUUUUAGGAAUAAUGAACUUAUUCCUCCGUAUGUUCCAGCUUGAACAGUCUUGUGGUGAAGCUACAGAUCAGCACUGUGGGCUGUAAAGCUUGGGGUGCAGUUCCUGAUGGUUGUAGUGGUAAUUAUCAGUCAUUAACCUGAUUGGUCAUGCACACUGGGUCAUUUCAGUGUGUUCACUAACAGAAUCCAGCCCUUCCUCUGAAACCUCUGGUGAAACACACCCCUAAGGAACUGGAGAGCAAGUGACAAGCUUUCUUAGUUCAUUUACUUAUUUUUCAAAGAAAAUGCUCAAAAAUCUGCAGUGUUUCCAUGCCUUGGGGAGCUGGGAGUAAACUCUUUUUUGUUAAAAAAAAGUUUGAUAAAAGGUGGAUAUGAAACAGAAUAAUUAAGAAACCAAGUCCAAACAGAGUUCCUGCAUCCACCAGUGUUACUGGAGAAGUGCACCCUGACCUUCCCUCACAUAUUUUUCUUGCAGCAAAAAACAAAUAUGGGGAAUUUAAUUUUGUGGGGAUAUUUUAUAUUUGUA